AUGUCUAAAAGCACACUAGCAAUUGUUGCGGCUGCCUCAGCAGUUGCUGGAGGAUCGCUCACAGCUCUUAUUUUCUCGGGUCGGAAAAAUGUACCACCUCCAACUCCAGUACAACAGCCACCACCUACAAAGACCACACCACCUAUUCAGGUCGCGCCACCGCCGCCAGUGACUUCCUUACCGCCAGUUCCACCACCUGUAGCUUCUCUUUCGCCAGUCGAUCCUCGUGGCAUACUUCAGUAUGGCUUUCCGGGACCGGUUUCAGAUGCAUUAUCAACACCAUCACAUUUUGCCUCCUUCAACCGCUUUACACGCAAUCCUCACUGGGUUGCAGAGCACUUCACUCCCCAGUCGUUGAUUCUGAAGAAUGCCGAUCGCGCACACAGUGUAUUCUUUGAGGACCCGGCGAUCCCACCCUUGUUCAGGGCAAAGCUUGUCGACUACGCCAGGAGCGGCUAUGACAGAGGGCAUCAAGUCCCUGCUGCGGAUGCCAAGUGGUCUCAGGAAGCUAUGAAUGCCACCUUCAGCUUGACAAACAUGUGCCCACAAGUUGGCGACGGUUUCAAUCGUGACUACUGGGCUCACUUUGAGGAGUUCUGCAGAAACCUCGCUAGAAGGUACCCUAGUGUAAGGGUGGUCACAGGCCCGCUGUACUUGCCCAAGCGAGAAGCCGACGGCAAGUGGCGCGUGUCGUACGAAGUCAUUGGUCAUCCACCCAAUGUCGCAGUACCUACGCACUUCUACAAAGUCAUCCUAGCAGAAGAGACUCCUUCGAGCCCAAUAGGCAGAGUCGCAUUGGGCGCGUUUGUACUGCCGAAUGCGCCCAUUCCGAAUCAGAAAAGUCUAACAGAAUUCGAGGUCCCCAUAGAAGCAGUGGAAAGAGCAAGCGGUCUGACUUUUGCCGAUCGGCUGCCCGUUGAGCGCAGGAAACGAUUGUGUCAAGAGGUCCAGUGCGAAAUUCUAGUCCGCGAGUUUGACAGAACCCGACAACAGGGCACUUUGGUUAACGCAGGCUCAGCUACUGCUGGUCAGGUCGUUGAACAGCGGAGGAAGUGGUGA